AUGGUUCAAUAUAUCGUCACGCCGUGGCGCGACCACAACGAGCUCAUCACCGCCCGGACACAGCUCUACCCAGGUGGCGGGCCCCCUUCAGACGACACCCCGGAUAACCUCCCCUGGGCCGCGGUCUACGCGUCCUCGGCCACGAGACCAACAGACCAGCAGCGCUCCGAGGAUGAUGGCCUGUCCUCGGCCGUUUCCCGCGUCGAGGCAGACCAGCGGCUCGCCGUGGGCAGGGUGCAGAUGUGGGCGCACCGGGGUAACUGCCCUCACCUCGUCGAAUCUACGGGCCUGCUCGUAGCUGUCGUUCUCGACGAUGUCGACCAGAGCCGGCGGCGGCGGCAGCAGCAGCGGGAGCGGCUUGCGGCCUCGGCACAGGCUUCUUCGUUGUCGUUGUCAGACUUUGCGGUUCGCGCGGCGUACGCGACUGCUUUCAGCCGAUUCGUCACGGGCCUGUUAGAUAGUCAGCAGGACAAGCAGAAGAAGCAGAGCAUGUAUUCGCUCGCCAAGACCAUCGGCCUGCCGGCGACGUUUGUCGAGCUGCGGCACCAGGCCACGCACGAGCAGCUGCCGUCCUUGCUCAAGCUGCGCAGCGCGGCCAAGAAGGCGCUCAGUUGGAUCUGGGACUUCUACUGGAAAGGUCUGCCGCCUGCCGACCCGUCCAGGGGAGAGAUGCUGCAAGACGGCGACCGGGUGGGUUUCCCCCUCCUUGCUGGCGUGACUGCCGGUGGUGACUCGAGAGACGAGGGCUCUGCGGAACUCCAGCUGGGGACUGUGCUGCCGGUCAUGUCGUGCGAGCAAGUCCUCCUCGCGUACCUGCAGGGCAAGCUCGACGAGGCGACUGCGCGGCACCAGCUGGCGCAGUACGAUGCCGCCUUCAUUGUCAAGACGACGGAUGAUAUUGGCAACUCGACAAAGGACAUCAGAACCAUGACGCGCGCACUGCGGCUCGUGGGGGAUAUGAUUGAGGGGACGUGUCCGCUGAUCACGAACCGGCCGCCAACCUCUGCUGGGGAUGCAUCGUCAUCUUUGGGCGGAGAGGCGGCGAGAGGGGGGCAGCAACAGCAACAGCAGAGAAGUAGGGGAUGGGUCAGGCGGUCGAAGGAAUCAUGGAAACCGAAGCCCAUUGGGACGGUCUGA